CAGAGACUAAACUGAAUUAAACAUUUCGAAGCCACAACAACAAACAAGAGGGUGCAGACAAAUAAUUACAGAAGCAUCGAUCGAGCUCAUAAAAACCAAGUUAAAUUGAUUACAGGGAACACACAGUAUCCACUGUUCACUGCAAGUCAACGUUCCUUACAACCAGUCAACGACAGAAUUGAUGGAUCCAUGGAGCGCCUCACCUGCGGCAGAUCCUCGCCGUCGGCAUGGUCACGCAUAUCGGGGCAUACUUCUUCUUCGCCUCCAGCGUCCCCGCCUUCGGCUCCUCCUCGGCGACCGCUAUUCCUCGCCCGCCGACGGCGCACACCGCAGCCGCAGCCGCGGCAAACAUCACGGCUCUUCUUCCGGCACUUCCUCCGUCGUCGCGAGCCUCGUGACCGGGUUUCGCUGCGUCUGGGGUCUUGGCGGCCGCCUUGGCCACCAUGGCGCUCCGCCGGCGGUUGCUGGAUGCCCGGUCGGCGACGCUAGCGGCGCCGCCGAGGAAGGAAGCCAUCAUGGUGAGCGAUGCCAUGUCUUCCUCUCUGGUGUCGUCACAGAACUGGUUGGUGGCUGAGACGCUCGCAGUGAUAAGAAGCGCGUGCAGAUCUCGGCAGGCGACCGAAACCCUCGUCGGUGCGCCUCUCACCACAGGUCGCGACCCUCCGUGCGGACUUCUCUUCGCCGGCUUCCGGCAAAUAGAGGGAAAGGAGAGGCAACAGAAGAGACCGAUCCAAGGCGUUUUUGCUCAGAAGAAGACGCGACCGGAUAAUACGAGUACGAUGGAGUCCGCCGAGGAAGCGGAAACCAAGGGUUCCGCCUCGCCCCCUCCCUCCGCCACCGCCGCCUCUGCCGCCGUCGAAGCCGAGGGCGAUAUGGAGGAACGGGAGCGCUAUUCUCGCGAGAUCAAAUCUGGACUCCAUCCCUUAAAGCAUAAGUUUGUGUUCUGGUAUACACGACGAACACCUGGAGUGCGAUCGCAGACAUCAUACGAGGAUAACAUCAAGAAAAUUGUGGAAUUCAGUACUGUUGAAGCUUUUUGGGUUUGCUAUUGCCAUCUGGCACGUCCUUCAUCACUCCCGAGCCCAACAGAUCUCCAUCUUUUCAAAGAAGGCAUUAGGCCUCUGUGGGAGGAUGCUGCAAACUGUAAUGGUGGCAAGUGGAUAUUACGGUUCAAGAAAGUAGUUUCAGGUCGUUUCUGGGAAGACUUGGUAUUGGCAUUAGUUGGUGAUCAACUUGACUAUGGGGAUGACGUCUGUGGUGCUGUACUGAGCAUUCGUUUCAACGAGGAUAUCUUAAGUGUUUGGAAUCGGAAUGCAUCAGACCACAAGGCGGUGAUGGCCCUGAGGGACUCCAUCAAGCGACACCUAAAACUGCCUCAUAGCUACCUAAUGGAAUACAAGCCGCAUGAUGCUUCUCUGCGUGAUAACUCAUCAUACAGGAACACUUGGUUAAGAGGAUAGCCAUAGAUGUCAGAAACCAGAAUGUGCCAUGUUGUGAAACAAAUUGACGUUUCCCUUUCCACUAAACGUUGGAACUGUUUGUGACAUAUGAUAAGAUACUAAUGACUCAUAUUUCAUUCCUCCUGCAUUAAGUUAGACACUUGUUUCUACAUGUAGAACCAUACAUAAUAUGGACGCAUAUUUAUUGCAUGGUUAUAAAUGAUUUCACAUCUGCA